CAAUGCGCGCGCGCACUUACGACAACAUUCGAGCAGAACUUACAUCGAUGUUCCCGCGCAAAUAAUUAACAGACACAGGAACAAUUGUGAACAAAUGAUCAUGCUACGAUUGGGAUAAUGUUGUGUGUUUAUGUGAGGUGACUGAGUGUAGCACAAUGAGAAUGCCGCGGAAUUGGCACAAAUGGCUGGUGUUGUCGCUGCUCGGAUUGGCUUUGUCCGCCCGGACAAUUGGCUGCGAUUAUAGUUCCAUCACCGAGAAAUUCGGAACGGAAGCUGUGCUGAGAUGCAACGAAAAAUGCCCGUUUCAGAACCGGACCGGCGACGGACAUUUUGACGUGAGCUGCGCGUCCGACUGUAGCGUGAAGCAAUGCCGAAUAGGAUGCAGUUUAUGGUUGGAGGGAUUAAAAGUGACAUGCCAAACGGCUUGCAAUGUCACUCCAGAGGCAGCGCUGUCGCGUGAGUUGUAUUGUGUGAUGGGCUGCAAUGAGGCGCUUAAUACAUACUUCCAAAUGGUUCGUGACCUUAUCGGCACACCGCCUGCACCAGCCUUAGUCGCAGACAGCUUGACAGCGACGUCACUAUCUCUUGUCUGGGAAGCGCCCAAUCUGGGAAACCUCAGUUAUCUAGUGCAGUGGAGAUAUGAAGAGCUUCCCGGCAGCUGGCAAUACUACUCGAACACUAGUCAUUCUGAUAAGUCUAUCAUACACGUUGAGAAUCUACGACCUUACACUAAAUAUCGGUUUCGAGUCGCAAUAUUCCUCUCGGGAAGAAGUACCGCUGGUGAUCCAGUUUAUUCAGCUCCUUCUGUAGUCAUAUCCACAUUGGAGAGCGGCAAGCCAAGUUCCACACCCAAGGCGCUAAGAGCCGCGGCUCCUGAUCCAAGCCGUGUGGCAAUAUCCUGGGAACCAGGGGAUUUCCCUAAUGGACCCCUCAUAUCCUAUGUACUGCGGCUAGCUGACACACAACCAAAUACUAUAGAUGUUCUGGAGGAUAUGCCUGCAUCGAACUACACGCUAUUUUACAUGUUCCAAAAUCUGGCACCAGCUCGCGAGUAUGAAGUUUCAGUUGCGAUGCGAAACUCUGAGGGCGAGGGACCUAGGGCUUACGUACGAAUAUCUACACCACCCCUCCCAACAUCCGUUCCUACCCAACAACCAAUUUUAAUAUUGGGAGGAGUACAUAAUAUUUUGGCCGCUCCAGCAAAUGAUAUGUUAUCGGAUCCUGUAGAACUUUAUAGUACCGAACAUGACGUAACAGGAGUUGCUGUCGAUAUUUCAAGUGAUUUCUUGUUCAUAUCAGUCUCCAGCGGACAUGUGUAUCGCAGUUCAUUAUCAAAAAAAUCCGUUUCAAAAGUAAUUCUUACACCAAAAACGAUUGCAUAUAAGCCUUUGGAUUUAUCAGUUGACUGGUUGAAUAGACAUUUGUAUGUCCUCGGAGAAGAUUAUAAUAAUAAUGAUGAAUCGAGAGGGAAUGACUCUAGUGCAUAUUCUAAUUGGAAAAUAUGGCGUUAUGAUUUUGAAGGCAAAAAUCAGCUUGUAGCAUACGCAGAGUUAUAUUCACGUCCCAUACAUUUUGAAGUUGAUGCUUACAAUGGUUACUUAUUUUGGGCAUUACGUGGAGUGGAACGGGGAGGUUUAUACAGAAUAGAUCUGGCUACAAUAUCGAACGGAGUUCGACACGAAACUCCUCCAGAAGUAAUUGUAAGGGACGCGUAUCUUGGAGCUUUCACUGUUGAUCAUGCUGAUUUUAGACUUCUGGUCACACAUUUGAGGCGAAAUACUGUCCUUGCAGUAUCUUUAGACGGACGUGAAGUAAAUGAUUUUCGGAGUAACACACAGACCCCAAUGUUCUUCUCUGCAAAAUCUAUAGCAUAUGCUAGUGGUCUUUUCUACUGGACCAACGGCAAAGAAAUGCUCACAGAAGAAUACCAUGCACAAAGUGACAGCUACUAUCAUAAUGAGUAUCCUUUGGCAUAUAACACGAAGAUGAUAGAAACAAGACAGGUUUUGGUCACAUUGAGAAGUUGUCAGCCGAUUCCAGUGCCAGUAAAUCCUCCUUUAGGUGUGCAGAGUGUUAUGGGUAUAAACCAUGCUAAAGUAUCAUGGUCACCGCCACAUUUACUUGGACAUCAGGGCAUAGGAGCUUGGCAAAUGUGGACUUAUCACUUACAGUUGACACACGUGCCUUCUGGUGACACUAUUGAUAUUAAACAUAUAAAAGAAUCGUCUCGUAUAGUUGAAAAUAUAGAGCAAGAUGCAGAAUACGUAAUUAAAGUGGCUGCAGUCACGCAAUCUGGCUCAGGUCCUUGGUCUUCAGAAUUUGUAGGUAGAACCCUGCAAUCGUCGCCAACGACAUUACAAAGUACUUUAUUAUGGUCCGGUCCUGAUGGUCUUCUACAAACAGAUUUAACUGGAGACAACUUACAGACAUUAAUUCACAGAUCCUCGUUGAAGAACUUAAACAUAGUUGACAUAUCCUGGUACCGGGAUAAACUGUAUCUCGUAACAAACGCUUCAACAGUUAUAUCAUAUAAUACCACCACUCGAACACAAGAGUUUAUGCCGAACAUGGAGAAUGUAGGAAGUUUAGCUGUGGAUUGGAUUGGCAAGAAAAUUUAUUGGUCUAAUCCAAAACAACAGUUGAUAACGCGUGGAAACUUUGAUGGCAGCAACAGAGAGCCUGUGCCUAUUGUGACAGUCGCUAAGGAACUCACAAUAGACUCUUUCGAAGCUUAUAUUUACUGGAACACCGGUCACGCUGUCGAAGCCGCUAGACUGAAUGGAGAAAAUAAAAUUAUAUAUUACCCCGCGCAAUUAUUCAGCGGAAAACAAGUGAUGGGGCUAACUGUGGAUUUGGAAAAUAAAUGGCUCUAUUGGUUAGUUAGAAGCUAUGACCGCUCCGAGUUACACAGAGCACCCACAGCCGAUAGGAUUUCCCUGGGGACUAAUGAGGUUUCCGGUUCCUUGAUAACCCGUUUGUCCAGCACAGCCACGUUAGGGCCACUCUGCUACUUCAGCGGAAGGCUGGUCUGGGUCCAGGAUGCGUCCAGAGCGGUCGUUUCCGAUCUCGAAGGCCGAUACACCGCUGAACUAAUACCGCGGGUGCACGUAAUUGCCGUCAGGGAUCCGACGUUGCACGCUGACAGUGAAUCCAUAAUCGCCAUACCAGAGACAAUAAACGCGUCCUCGAUCACAGUGCGAGGCAACUGGGACAAGUUCAAUGUAACCUGGUCUCCAGCCGGCAGGGUUAACAUCAACAGCAGUAGGGUAUACUACGACGUGAGCCUUCACUUCCCGGGUCAUUACAAAAUUGAGAAAACAGUGGAGGAGCCAUGGCUGGAGCUGACCGAGCGUGGUAUAGAACCGUACAGCGAGAUUGAAGUUACGGUCCGGGCGCACACUCAGUGGGGCGGCGGCUCCGUGGCGAAGGCCUACACGCGCACUCCACAGGCGUCUCCCUCCGCCCCUACAGCGCCCAGGCUUUACAUGCAGCCAGCACAAAGUGGUGGAACCCUUCGUGCAAUAUUUCGUUGGGGCCCACCAUCCCGCAGUAAUGGUGUCAUCCGAGGAUAUGAGGCGCAGUGCUGGGUGCUGGCGAGUGCUAGACCCAUCCCCUCGCCGGCGAGACCGUCGGCCUGCGCCCCAGCGAGACUCGCCCCACAUCAUACACAACUAGUGCUCAGAGACCUGAUGCCAGCUGCCACGUAUUUCUUCCAGGUUCGAGCAUUUACUGAUGCUGGCUACGGUCAAUAUUCCGAGAUAGUGUCCGCUUCUUCUGAUGAAAUAAACCCAAUACCGAAAAUAAUGAUAUCAUCUCAAGAGGCUAUAAAAAUUGUGGACUUAGAUUCAAAUGAAAGUGAAACUAUACCAAAGAGUACUGGAAUACCAAUUGACUUUGCUAUAGAUAUUGAAGAAAAUGUCGCUUACUGGGUCAAUAAUUUGGAAGAAAUAUUUUCAUCGAGAGUUAAUGGAACGGGGCACUAUAAGCUCACUUCUAUCAACGGUACGGCAACUAGUAUUUGUGUGGAUUGGGUGAGUCGUUCGGUGUACUGGGCCCAACUAGAAAUAACUUCCAUAGAAUCCUAUGUUAUAUAUCGAGCAGACUUAGGCCUUCCAAAUACAAGGCCACAUAUAACGCGAAUACUAAGCAGGCGUAAGCCCAUUCACAGCUUGCAAAUUAUACCUUUAUUGCGAUCAUUGUACUGGUAUGAAGAAAGUAAUCACUCUGGUUUUGGAAUAUUGAUGACAGCCAAGGUUAAUGGUACCAACGUACGUACAUUUUUCAACGAUUCCGAAAUCGACGAAAUGAAUUCUGAUUUCAAGGAUGAUUGUAACUGUCCCGAAAAUCCACAAAUUUCCAAAGCUUUCGCUAUCGAUCUGACAAGUAAUGAUAUUAAAUUCUACUGGAUUGAUCCUUGGGUUCAUAAAAUAGUUGCAGUCGAUAUUCACGGCUGCAACUGUAGAACUGCUGUUGAUGCUACUGAAAAGAAGAAGUAUGGUUUUACUCCUACGUCUAUUACAGUGGAUAGUAAACACGUGUAUUGGUAUAACUCUACGGAGAAGACAAUAUUUUACACGAACAAAUUCAAAAAGAACAAGAUAGAUUACAUAAAAUCUUCAUUUGGUUAUAAAAUAAUGGCAUUAGACCCAGCAAACCAGCCAUACCCACCGAGGCAAUGUUUAUUUCCCACCAUUCAAGAAUUAGUUCCAAGAAUGACAUCAAAUUCAGCAAACACUAUAUCUAUACAUCUACCGAAUGUAUCAAAACCACAUAGAUGCAACGAAUUGGAGUAUGAAAUGCCUGCAACAGAAUAUACCAUAUUUUAUCAUUUAUACUACUCUAACAACGCGACUGUAUGUGAUAGAGAAACUUGUUCAUUUAUAACGACUACAAAUACAGAUCUACAAAUAAAUGAUCUUCAACCAUUCACGAACUAUACAGUCACUUUAGAAGCUACGAAUUUUUAUGCUAAAUUGCAUGAGAUGAGACCAAUUACUGGACCUGUUUACAUCAUGCAAACUGCUGCUGAAGCUCCGAAGGCUCCAAAGAAUGUAACUGGUAUCGUACUAAGCCCUGUACUUGCUAGAGUUGAAUGGACUCCAGAGCCUGGGUUAUGGUACGAAUUGCAUUGGAGAACUGACGAUUCGCCUUCUCUGCCUCAUAAAUUAAAAGAACAUAAUACUUUCGAGGUAUUAGAGGGCGGAAAGGCGAAUAUGACUCGUUUAUCGCCCAGUACUCUUUACACGGUUUGGGUGCGGGCACGCUCAAGACAUUCCCAGGUGUCUGCAGACUCGCUCCCGCUAAGAUUGAGGACCUACCCUUCACCGGCACCCAUAUCGCUACGAAACGCUACCGCUUAUACGAUUGUUGUUAUUUGGCCAGCGCCAACUUCAUAUAAACUACAUAAAUACUCUGUGGAGUUCACCAAAGUUAGCAGUGGGAAAGAUGAAUGGAAAAGUUGUGUUCAGAGCGGUAACGCAGAAUGGUUGGCUGAAGAACUGCGUCCUCGUACUCGCUAUCGCUUCCGCUUACGUCUACAGUACAUCCAAACUGCUCCACCAUAUUACUGGCCCCACGAUGAUCGUUUUACUUAUGAAACUUUAGGAGACGUGCCAGGUCCUCCCGGUGCCUUAAGAGUAGAAGCUGUUGGGGAGAAAGUACUGCGAGCUUGGUGGUCCGAGCCAGACCCUCGUGGCGACCCUGUUACUCACUAUCGAGUCUGGGGACGAGCUCGGAACAGGGCCUCGAACGUCGAUGAGAAUAAGACAAAAAACAUAAGCAAAUAUUUACCCAGCGAUUUACCACCUGACGUCGAUGAUGAAAUGAAAAUGCGAAUUAUUCGUGAGGGACUGCAACUCCUACAUAACGGAAGCGAGACAUACUGGUUGAUCGGCGCGGGCGAAGUGUCGGAAGGGUUUGUGGCGCGAGUGCAGGCGCGUAACAGAUACGGAUGGGGCGCGCUGUCAGCGGAGAGCGAGCUGGACGCUGCGCCGCUCGCGCACGCAGUGAGACCGCACCCCAUCGCCCUCACACUAGCGCUCAGUGGACUCGCGGCUGUGGUAUUGGCCGUGCUAGCAGCUCUUCUAUAUACAUACAAUACCAGAAGUAAAAAGAAAGCUAUAGAAAACCAAGUACCUCCAGUGAUCCGUAGAGGCCCCGACGUUGAACUUGCUACACUCCGGCAAUUACCCAUCAGACAUUCCAACAACAUUCUUUAUAAUCAGGGUGUUCACUGCCCCUCCGAUGCCGAGCUAGCUGCAUUGCCACAUAUUCGUCGGGAACAAAUAACUCUCACUAAGUUUUUGGGGUCGGGCGCUUUUGGCGAAGUAUUUGAAGGACUGGCGAGACAAAUCGACAACAAUAAUGGAAAUACCAAAGUGGCUGUGAAGACAUUACGCAAAGGAGCAACUGAACAGGAGAAGACAGAGUUCUUGAAAGAGGCAGCGCUGAUGUCCAACUUUAAACAUGAACACAUUCUGAGUCUACUAGGCGUCUGUCUCGACAAUGAUCCCAACUAUAUCAUCAUGGAGCUCAUGGAGGGAGGGGACUUACUCAGUUACCUCAGAGCCAGAAGAUCCUCGUUGGGAACGCCCGAAUCGUUAACGCUCUUGGAUUUACUGAAUAUGUGCGUGGACGUUACCAAGGGUUGUCGGUACCUGGAAGAGAUGCACUUCGUCCACCGUGACCUCGCCUGCCGCAACUGUCUGGUGGCUCACAGAGCUAAUGGCAGGGUUGUGAAGAUCGGGGACUUUGGACUCGCGAGAGAUAUAUACAAGAAUGAUUACUAUAGAAAGGAAGGUGAAGGUUUACUACCAGUGAGAUGGAUGGCGGUGGAGUGUUUAGUCGACGGAGUGUUUUCCUGUCAAUCCGAUGUUUGGGCGUGGGGUGUGUUGUGUUGGGAGGUAUUGUCUCUGGGACAACAGCCAUACCCGGGUCGAACUAACCGCCAAGUCCUUGCGUAUGUCCGCGCUGGCGGAACACCAGACCGGCCACCCAACUGUCCCCCCGCAUUAUAUGAGCUUCUCCAAAGUUGUUGGAGCUACAGUGCAGAAUCACGGCCAUCAUUCCGACACUGUCUGUCCGUUGUGAGCACGCUGAGAGACGCCACGCCCUCACAUCCCCUCACCACCACGAGCGUCGAGACCCCACAUCAUUAUUUAACUCUACUGGCAGAUGAUGCUGUCGACAACCGCACGUACCUGCUCGAUGAGAAUGGAAACGCUUGUGGCGAUGAAGAUCUCCCCGAACAGCAAAUGGAGCCCUGCCAGCUUCUGCCCCAGCGGGCUCCCAAAUACUUAGAACUUAUGUAUGACAGUGAUUCCCCACCGGGAACCAUAUCGGACGGCUACGAGAUACCGCGGUCCUCGCUCACGUACGCGCCAUUCUCUCGACACAGUAUUGUGGGCGUGGCCCCGAACCGACUAAUAAAACCGCCCCUUUACAGAACGCAUUCGUUACGCACCAACGUGCGACCACACGCGACCAUCAUACCGUUAAGAAACGGCCUCGUGAAACGUGCAUCUCUAUGUGAAGGCGUACAGCGACCAAGCUCGUCAGUACGCGACGAACACUUAUUUAAGACUCCAUUUUAACUGUGAUAUUAAACUACUAGGAUGCCGCAGUGGCUCGUCGUACCGCUUCGCUGCGGCGUAAAUUUGAGCGAAGCGAGGUUAACUAAGUCUGUGUACAAAAACUGAUGCUGAACAUGAACAUUCGAAAAUGAUCAAAGGAUAGCAGUGUCACAAUUAAAACUUAUUUCGAUUUGAUCAAUCGGCUCAAUUUUUAAAUAAAUAUAAAUAGCGCGUGCUAAUUUAGAAUAAUUUGUAAAUCAUGUUUGUUUUUUAUUAUAAUAAUUGAAUCAAGUCGAAAUCCAAAAUUCUGUCUCGAUAAUAACAUAGAAAAUUUCGAAAGCUUUCUAUGAGAAAUGAAUAUCCAGAAAUGGCCGAGGAUCAAUUUAACGCAGAAAUCAAUUGGAGUCACCCGGUGGGAGCACCGCUCAGCUUCGCUUCGCUCAAUAAUUCCACCGAACUAUUCCUUUAGUGUUAUAGAUAUUUAUUUAUUUAAAUUGUAAAUAUGGAUGGUGACGUUGUAAAUAUUAGAGAUACAGAAUAUCAGUACAAAGCAAAGAUGUUUUCAUAGUUAUGCAUUUAUUUGUAUUAAGAUAUACAAUAAAUCUAUUUACUAUUUUAAA